AUGGUUCGAAUGAGCGUAUUAGCCGAUUGUUUGAAAACAAUUAACAAUGCUGAAAAAAGAGGAAGGAGGCAAGUUUUAAUCAGACCUUCUUCAAAAGUCGUAAUUAAAUUUUUACAAUAUAUGCAAAAGAAAGGAUAUAUUGGAAAUUUUGAAAUUGUCGAUGAUCAUAGAUCAGGAAAAAUUGUUGUAAACUUGUUAGGAAGAAUAAACAAAUGUGCAGUAAUUUCCCCAAGAUAUGAUGUCAAACUUGAUGAAAUUGAAAAAAUUAUAACAAACAUAUUACCAAGUAGACUUUUUGGACAUUUAAUUUUAACAACCCCUUAUGGAAUUAUGGAUCACGAAGAAGCAAGAAGAAAACAUACAGGAGGAAAAGUCUUAGGUUUUUUCUUUUAA